AGCCGCCAGGCAGGGCACAGGUGGCCGUGGCAGCGAGGGACAGGCAGGCCGGGUGGCCGGGGACAGCGGCAUGGCCGCGAGGGUGGCGCUGCUCGUGUGGGCCCAGAGCCUCGGCCUCGCUGCUGCCCCGAGCCCGCAGCUCCUCGUGGAGCCCCCCUGGAGGCCGGCGGUGCUGUGGGACCGGGUGACACUGACCUGCCGGGGCUCGGGGACCGCCGGGGACACCACCUGGUACAAGGACGGGCGGCGCUGGCGGCAGAAGGGACCCGAGAAUGUCACUGUCACCUCGAAUGGCACCUACGAGUGUUACAGAGCCGGCAGCGGGCGCAGCCCCCCCGUGACCGUCUCAGACGAGCGGCUGGUGCUGCAGGUGCCGGCGGGGCCGCUGCUGGAGGGGGACACGGUGACACUGCGCUGCCGGAGCCGGCGGGACAAAACGGUCACCGAGGUGCGGUUCUACCACGGGGAGAAGGAUUUGGGGAAAUCUCUGCGGAGAUCCGAGCUGUCCCUGUCCCCCCUGAGGCUGCAGCACAGCGGCCAAUACCGCUGCCAGAUCCGGUGGAUUUUCUGGCCCUCGUGGUCCCCAAUGUGGGAGCAGUCGGAUCCGGUGUCAGUGACAGUGCACGAGCUCUUCCCGGUGCCGGUGCUGGAGGCUCCGGCCGAGCUGAUGGCGGGGUCCCCCCUGAACCUCAGCUGCCUCAGCAGCCGCAGCCCCCUGCGGCCCCUCACCCCCCUCGUGCACCGCUUCUACCGGGACGGGCGGCAGCUGGGGGGCCCGCAGGGGUCCCCGCAGCUGCUGCUGCCCGCCCUGGGGCUCUCCGGCUCGGGGAAUUACAGCUGCGAGGUGCAGAGCCAGGGGGGGGCCGUGCGGAAGAGCAGCGCCCCGCUCCGCGUCACGGUGCUCGGUGAGUGCGGGGAUGGGCGCGGGGAGCCCCCACAGCCUGCACGGGGACCCCUGCCCUGCCCGGGUCCCUUCUCCCGGCCCUUCCCGCACCUUCUUGUGUCCCCCAGCCCUGACUUGGUGUCCCCAUCGCCCCCCGGAUUCCUUUCUCGGGUUCCCCCAUCCCCUCCCGCAUCUCCUGCUCCGUUCCCGG